CUUCCUUGAUCGACAUCAUCGUGCGACGUAUCCAAUGGCGGUAUUUUGUUACUCUGCUAAAGGUGAAUUUUUCCGCACGGUUUCGGGAGACUGGUAUAAAUAUAAAUGUUGAUCUCAGAGCUGCGCGAGGACGCGGCCGUGUGACGGUAGCACGUCGUUGCUGGCGGUCAUGUAAUCGAUCCCGGACACCAGGUGGUCCAGGGAGCGCCGAGGCAGAGUAUCUAAAUGUCGGAAUAUCAGCUGGCCGGAUUCGGAGUAUCCCGUUCUCUGGCGAAGCUAAGAAUGCAUCGUCGUUAAACGCACCGCAUUCCUGAUAAUUGUCACACGUUUGUUCGUAACGUCCGCAAAGAUGGGCUUUUCCACGAGUCUGCAGGGCCAGGCCGCGCACGAGGCGUUGCUGGCUCGCCAGGACGCCGAGAUCAAGCUUCUAGAGACGAUGCGAAGAUGCCUCACGAUGAAGGUCAAGUGCGAUCGGGAAUACGCUUCUACGGUUUCCUCCUUGAGCGUCCAAGGAAAAAAAAUCGAGCGCAGCGAGGAUCUCGUUGGUAGUCUCAUAGUGCAGAGCUGGAAAGACAUUAUGGACUCUAUCGAUCAGACUGCUAAAUUGAUUAAACAACAGGCAGACUCUAUUGAAAAUGUUGCGGAUCAGUUGAAUACAUUAUAUACAGAAAGGAGAAGGGCCAGGAAGCUUUAUCAAGAGGAACAGACCUGGCUGACUAAUCAGUUUCAACAGUUGACAGAUGAUGUAACUAAGAAAAAAUUUGAAUAUCAGAAGAACCUAGAUACGUAUAAAUUAAUGAGGUCGCGAUUUGAAGAAUAUUAUGUCAAAUCUGGUCGAGGUGGUCGCAAAUUAGAUGAAGUAAGGGAAAAAUAUCAAAAGGCAUGCAGAAAACUUCAUUUAACACACAAUGAAUAUGUACUAUUACUAGGUGCUGUGACAGAAUGUGAACAUGAUUUAAGAACUUGUUAUUUGCCAAGUUUGCUUCAUCGGCAACAAGCUAUUCAUCAAGAAUUUAUAACUUCAUGGAGGGGAAUCCUUCAAGAUAUUGUAAAAUACUCGGAUUUUUCAACAGAGAAGUUUUUAGACAUCCAUGUACGAGUGCAAAAAAUAGUUGACAGUAUUAAGCCUAUCGAAGAGUACAGGGAUUUUAUUGGAAAGCAUAAAACUAGGCCAGCAUCUCCAAUCAGAUUCACAUUUGAUGAGAAUCUUGUGGAUGAUACCUCAGGGAAAUUAUUGCCAAAUAAGUUGACUGUAGAUAAUCUAACUAUAGAUUGGUUGAGAAGUCGUCUUACGGAACUCGAAACUUCUCUCAAAACUACACAACAAAAUCGACAACGACCACAAUUUCUACAAGAAAAUAAUAGCGAUUCUAGAAUUUUAAUCUUAGACUAUUCUCGCGAAAGAGAAGAGUUGAAAUUACGUUGUCAGGAGAAAAAAUUACAAAGACAGAUAGAAGUCAUUAAGGGUGCGCUUAAUGAAUUAGGCUGUGAAGAAUUACCUUCGGGUUGCGAUCUCUCGAUGGAAGGUUCUUUCACUGAUUCAUCUACAAUUAGUAAAAGAAAGAAAGUGAUAGAUAAUGGUCUGUUCACAUUAAGGAGAAAUCAACGAUUUAUGACAAUUUUAAAAUCACCUUUCAAAUCUUUGCCAGCAAUUAAUGAUUCGAAAAACGGACUAAUUAGGGCAAAUAGCGAAGGGCCUACAGUCAAAGCAGAAAAUAAUAUUCCCCCUGUUGUACCAUCGCAUUUAACUAACAAUCAAAAAAGUAAUGGAAAUGGCGGACUUAUGGAGGAGGAAUGGUUUCACGGAGUAUUACCGAGAGAAGAAGUCGUAAGACUACUUGUCAAUGAAGGAGACUUUUUAGUACGCGAAACAAUAAGAAACGAUGAAUGUCAGAUAGUUUUAUCUGUUUGUUGGGACGGGCACAAGCAUUUUAUCGUACAAACUACAGAGGGUCACUAUAGAUUUGAAGGACCCACAUUUCCAUCUAUUCAAGAAUUAAUCAGGCAUCAGUGGCUAUCUGGCUUACCAGUGACUAGUCGAUCUGGUGCUAUUCUUAAAAUGCCAAUUUUGCGCGAACGAUGGGAGCUUAAUAACGAUGAUGUCAUCCUAUUGGACAAAAUAGGUCGAGGAAAUUUCGGGGAUGUUUAUAAGGCACAAUUGAAGACCUGUAAGACUGAUGUAGCCGUGAAAACAUGCAAAAUAACAUUACCGGACGAACAGAAACGCAAAUUUUUGCAAGAGGGGAGAAUAUUGAAACAAUAUGAUCAUCCGAACAUAGUCAAAUUGAUUGGUAUCUGUGUUCAAAAGCAACCGAUUAUGAUCGUGAUGGAACUAGUACCUGGUGGUUCAUUACUUACGCAUUUACGGAAGAAUGCUAGUACAAUAACACAGCGGGAGCAAUUGCAUAUGUGUAAGGAUGCUGCAGCUGGUAUGAGCUAUUUGGAAUCUAAGUAUUGCAUUCAUAGAGAUUUAGCUGCUCGCAAUUGCCUCGUAGGGUACGAAUGUAUAGUCAAAAUCUCCGACUUUGGGAUGUCGAGGGAAGAGGAAGAAUAUACAGUUUCGGAUGGUAUGAAACAAAUUCCCAUUAAGUGGACUGCACCAGAGGCCAUGAAUUUCGGUAAAUACACAUCACUUUGCGAUGUAUGGAGUUAUGGGAUUCUAAUAUGGGAAAUAUUUUCUAAAGGUGGCAAUCCAUAUAGCGGUAUGUCUAACUCGGAUGCACGCGACAAGAUAAAUACAGGAUAUCGAAUGCCAGCACCGGAUGGAACACCCGACGAGAUCUAUCGAUUGAUGCUGCGAUGUUGGGAAUAUGAACCAGAGAAACGUCCGCAUUUCGAUCAAAUAUACACCGUGGUUGAGACGCUAUCUCAAGCAUAUCUAUGAGUAUUAUAUUAAAAGUAUUUUACGUGGAUAUAAACAAAUAAGAAGUAUAAAUUGGUGCUAUAGUGUUUUGACAUUUAUUUUGUAUAAUUUAUGAAUUAUACGAAAUUCAAGUUGAUAUCUAGAUACAGUAAAAGUAAAAAUGCUCACAACCAAACUAUACUUUAUCUGUAAGUAUAUGUAUUAUGGAUAUACUAUAUGACAUAUCCAUGAUAUGGAUAUACUAGCAUAAAAAUUAUUAUUAAAUUGCCAUUAUUACGUCAUUGCAUACGAAAUUGCAUGUCGAUAUGAAUGCCAUUAAAUAUGUUUUUUGCAAUAUA